AUGCUGGCGAAUCCUAGUGAUUAUUUCUCAAGUGCCAGCCGGCUGGCUGAACUCGAAUCAGAAAUCGCCAAUGUGGCUGUUUUGGACGACACCGACGCAGUUCUGAUUCUUAAAGCACUAAUUGCUCAGUACGGAAUCGACGCUACUGCCUCUACGGCGAUUUUGAGCCAAAUAUUAACUCGCAAUCCGUCUGGCUUUCUUCAUAGCACUGAAAACGUUCCUUUGCUUGAACAAAUCGAGGCUACCUUAUUUAUUCUCCCUCAAUCAUCGUCUAUUGAGGCAUUCAAGGUUUUAGCCAAUGGCUACCUUCAGAACACGGCACUGUAUCCGCUACUCGGUGGCUUUAAAGCGCGUCUUUUCGCGGCCGCCUCCAAAAAAAGCGAAGUCUGUUUACGAACUCUGUUGCUUUUACCUUUAAACAAAUUCGAGAUUUGCAAAGUUUGUGGAAUCGCCCGCGAACACCCAAUAUUUUCCCCCGCCACAGCAAGGGCUGGUCUGACAGUGGGCCCUGAAUGGUCUCAAGUAUGCUUCGAAUCGUUGCACAAAUGGUCGUAUGAAAAUAUGGACGAUAUGGAGGUCGCAAGAUUAUUACUAGAACUACUCCAGGUUUUGGUGGAUCGAAAAAUACGUCUAGAGUCCGGUGGUUUACUAAAUAAGCGUGCUCCCGAUUUUGGACGAUGUAUCUUUUCUGCCGCAGUAUAUGAUUCAUUAUCGGAGUUUCUUGAAACAGGGAACUUUCCUCGAUGUCAACUUCCUCCCCUGCUGGACGAUCUGCAGACCGAGAUCUCCAUCGCGAUUGCAUCUGCACCCUUCGAGGGUAGUAUCCAGAGCAGCAAAUUGUUUCCCGAGUUCCUGGAGACACAAAUGAUGAAGGAGAAUAUUGUCGAAAAGUUCGAGAAAUUUAGCCAUGAGGAAAUGUAUUCGAUUCUCAAACGCAUCAAUGCUCUUUUCAAAACAUCAAGCACUCCCUCAUCGUCGCAUCCUGAAUUCCCAGAUGAUUGGACCAAGAUCUUCGAAGUAGUCCUUACGACUCAAGGUCUUCUUGUUGACUCGGAUUUGAGAAUGACGGCUUGUUCGGCGUUGACAAGGGCUCUUUCAUUCUGGCAACCAACCUUCACUCUGCAACAUGACAAUGUGAUCGGAUCCUGGCUCAUUGGAUGUCUCCGAAGCUCAAAUCGCCAAUUACGUCUUCAAGCUACCAAGUGUGUAGGGUCUUUUGUUACCGCCAAGCUGCCUCAGGAAGCAAGAUUUUCCCAGUUCAGAUUCCUCAGUGGCUGGGCCCCUGAUGAACAACCAGAAACUUGUUUGCUCGUUUGGGCAGAGGCUGCAGUUUAUGGAACCGACUCGGAGCAUCUAAAUGUACUUCUGGUACGUAUGCUCAGUAUGCUGGGCUCGCAAAAACCCCUUGUUGGUGGUCUUGCCUUCCACACCUUCAAACAGGUAGCACGCCGACGUCGUGAGACGCCGUGGAAACUCUGUAUGCCAUUUUGGGAUACAAUCGCAGUUUGGAUCGUGAGAAAACUAGGUACCCAUGAAGACUCGAUGGUUUGGAAAUUUUGUGAACUAUUGGGCGUCACCUUGGAUGACUUUCUUGGGCGCACAUCACAGUACACGGUUCCAUACCUAACUUUUCGAAAGCGGAUCAGCACACUAAAACUGAUUGCUUCAGCAAAAUCUCAAUCGCUGUCCACAUUGCUUUGGGAACACCAGAUACCAAUCACAGCAACAUUUCUUACGACGGAUACCACUGAGGACCCUGACCAGUUCACCGAGCGACGAUGGCAUGAGCUUGGCCAAGGGUUCACCUCUGAGGUCGUCCGCAAUAUGCUACAGCAGUCUCAUGCAGAGAUGUUCUUGCUUUUGCUGAUGAAGGCACCAGAAAAAAAUGAUCCUAAAGCUAAUGUGAAGGAGGAGCGACUUCUUCGCGUUCUCAGCAUGUUAACAGGAAGAGAAAGUAAUGACCCGUUGACAUCAGCUAUCAUAAACAAAGUGAUACACCGAUUCAGCGGCACGAUGCAUAAUAUGUAUGGACCGACAUCUUUAAAAAACCGACAAGAGUGUUUGCGGGGUUUGGAUUUUCUCAUUAGGCACUCUGGUGGCAAGUUUCUUUCCAUGAUCAUUCCCAUCAACACACUGGUACUCUCUGCACUUGAAGUCACAAGCCAGUCCCAACAGCUUGCGCUCUCAGUAUGGCACACCAUGAUCGGUUGUAUGGAGGAUUGCACAAGAGUGAUCGAUCUGGUCUACUCUGUGAUCUCUCAAAUGUGGGGGUCUUUCGAUCAAGAUGCCCGUAAAGAAGCACAGGACAUUUUGGUCAUGAUACAAAAUAAUCCGCACACACAAGAGUAUGGCAGAGAGCAUGGAGUACCACUUGUGCCCAGCUUGAGCCCCAGACGGCUGUUUGAUGACAAUAAGCACGAAACUACAAUACUAAAAGAGCUAGUUGCUCGAACUGAGAAGGAAAAUGUUUACGUUGUUCGCCAGGCUGUUCAAGAGAUUGCUGAAUUUGUUCACCAAAAUCAAAAUCAGUUGCAUAUGAGCCUACACUAUCCCCAGGGUAUUGAGCGGAUUCAAACUGCGAUUAGAGCUUUAUUCGAUCUUUCGCGUCGUUUUCCAGAUCCCCAAAUGAAUAUAUCGACACCUUGCAUCCAAGCGUUGUGCUUUUUAGGGGCGCUCGACCCGAAUAUGGUUGAUAUCCAACGAAUUGACAGAGUCCCUGUUGUCGUCUCAAACUUCGAUGAAUCUCAAGAGUGUCGAGAGUUUGCAGCUUACUUUGCAGCAAACUACUUGUUCAAGAUGGCAGAAGCUUCUAUGAACCCAAUAGAGCAAAAUUUUUUGCUUUAUGGUAUUCAAGAUACUUUGAAGUUUUGCGAACUGGUAGCCGAAGACAUCGAUACGCCAGCAUUUAAAGCCACAUGGGACAAACUUUUUGGACCGGGCCUCUACGAACAGCUAACCCCGUUCCUGUAUACGCGCUACUCAUCACCUCCAGUGAAGUUAUCUCGAGUUACAUAUCCAGUGUUCAACGAAAGGAUCGAGUAUCAAAACUGGGUCGGCAAACUGUGCUACGAUUUGAUGUGCCGCACCCAUGGUGUGAAUGUUGACGAGCUUUUCGGGCUUUAUCGCCGUAUUUUUGUUGAGCAGGUGAAUACAAAUCCAACAGUAUUCGAGUUUUUGCUCCCAUAUGUGGCGUUACAUGCCAUCAUGUACAGCCAGGAGAAUCUCGAGCUGUUCAUGCUGGAAAUAAAGCAAGUGAUGUGGAAACCUAGCACUGAGCUUGAUAACGUCUCACAGUUCCACGAACGUAUUUUCGCUGUGUUGGAUUAUUUUGCCAGAUGGAAACAAGCAAAACGCCAACAGAGUAAUCUUUCGGCCUCUGACCAACGAGCGAUUAGCACACUCAGCCAGCUUGAAAAUCAGAUUUCAUUAGAACAGCUCGCUAGUCGUGCUAAUGAGUGCAAAUCAUAUCCAAGAGAGCUCCGUUAUCUCGACCAGCUAACCAGACAGAAUGGAGAAGACAAGCAAUCUGACUAUUACGAAAAGAUGCGAACCAUAUACAAAAACCUGGGCGAUUCGGAUGCUUUGGAGGGAAUGGCAGCUCUCAAAUCAGAAAUUUCUUUCGAUGAGCAAAUCGAGCUUUACGAAAGUAAAGGGGACUGGUCCGCAGCCCUUGCUUGUUAUGAUGCAAUGCCUCAGCCGAGCAAUGAACUCCCUCGAUUGAGAUGUUUGCAUAAUGUUGGAAAAGACAGAGAAAUUAUAGCAUUGCUUGAUGAUCAGGAUAGGUACACACCAGAUCUUGCGGCUUUAGGUGUUGCUGCCUCACUCCGAAUUAUGGAGGUUCGCAGUUUAUCAAAGUAUGUGAAUGAAUGCGCUGGCGACUCCGACAUUCUUGAGGCAUACUUUGGAAAAUGUUUGAUCGCGUUGUCCAACAAAGAAUUUGAUCUUUGUAUGAGAUACCUCGAGGCUGGAAUCAAGGCAGCGGGUGCCCGUUUGAAUGGAACAGAAAUCACAUCGUUGGCUAAAAUUCGCUCGACUUCUUUGUAUCUUCAUGCUGCUGCUGAUAUCUCACAAGUUGCAGCUUGGAUGCGAAAUGAUACCAUGCCCUCAAUUCGUGAAGUCAAUGAGUUUAACGAUCAGCGACUGCUACCUUUGGGCGACGAUAUGGAUGCACGCAAGUACGUUCUAUCGAUUCGGAGGGCGGCAUAUUUAUUUGCGGGGUUCCCAAGAUCUCAGAUCAAUCGUAUUGAUUUAGAGAUUGCCAAGGACUACCGAAAGCGUGACCAAGUUAAUAUGGCAUUGACGAGCAUUUGGCAGGCCCAACACAAUAUCGCCGAGGUGCCUAAAGCUUGGACAAAAGAGAUGGCUAAACUGUUGUGGCAACAAGGCGAACGACAGCGUGCCAUUUCACUUCUAGAGACGCGGAUCGACGUGAGCUUUUUGCGGAAACAGCCUUCUUUCUCACCAAUGCGUAAAACUGAAGACCUUAAAUUGGCUUUGCUUUAUACAACUUGGUUAGACCAAAGUGGUCAGGUCGUGGCAAAAUCGCUAUACACCAAAUAUGUGGCUAUCUUGAAAGAAAACCCUGGCUGGGAAAAGGCUAUUUACCGCUUUUAUAAGUACUACGAUCGAAUCUAUCAAUCUCAAUUCGAACUUCCGGAGUCAGUACGGUCGAAAGAUUUUUGGACAGGAAACUGGACCAGACAAAUGGUGCAACUUUGUUCAAAGACACUCAUCGCGGGUUCAAAGUACUUUAGUGAGAUUUUGCCCAAACUCUUGACGUUAUGGCUCGAUUUUGCUGAUAAUAUUCCGCUUUCAACUACUGCAUUUGAUAGCCGAGUGCUGAAAGAGUACAAUCUGGAACGUCAACGAAACUUCAAAUCUAUCAGCAGUUACAUCUCAAAGCGCGCGCUAGAAAUUGAUCCCCACAUACUUUAUCAUGGUGUACCCCAGUUAAUGAGUCGAAUCACUACAGCCGAGAGCGCCACAUUCAAAAUAAUGAAACUUCUUAUCGUCCAGGUGAUCCAAGCAUUCCCAGAACAUGCACUUUGGAUGAUUGCAGAAGCUACGCAAUCCACAUCUACGAAUCGAAAACAACGCGGCGAUGAUAUUGUCAAGACUCUAAUCAGUGAAACAGGCCGAACGCGUCAAAUUAUCCCACAAGCUCUAAUGACGAUUUCUAAACUGAAAGACUUGGCACUAUAUCAAAAAGGCAACGGAAAGCAAAGGUUGCCUCCAGUCCUUCAGCUCUCACAAAUCGAGUUUGAUACGAGUUGGCUUCCUAGCCCUCUUGUCGUGCCUGUCCACAGAAUAUUGUCGUGUGAUGCUUUGUACACACAACGUAUUGCGAAAAUCCGCGGUAAUGCACAUCUAAAACUUCUGCGAUUUUCUGGCACGGUAGUUAUGUACAAGGUCGAGAACGAAGUUGCAGUUCAACCAUCUCUUCAGCAGCCCAAGCGUAUCACGGUUUGGGGAAGCGACGGACAGCGAUAUCAUCUUCUUUGUAAAGGUCGGGAUGAUGUUCGUAAAGACGCUCGUUUGAUUGAACUGUCUGUUACUGUUAAUCGCUUGCUUGAUAGUGACCGCGAGGCUGCGGAACGCCAUUUGCGUAUUGAGCCCUAUCGUGUCAUCCCCUUAUCCGCGGAUUCUGGCAUCAUUGAAUGGGUUACGGGUGCUGUCCCUCAGAGAACUAUCAUCGAAGGUAAUCUGAGGGCAAGAGGCAUCAAGCUCGACAUGAAACAAGUUGGGUCGCUGUUGUCGCAUAAUCUCAGUCCAGAGGCGAGGCUUAACAACUUUUUGAGUCUACAACAAAAAUACCCUCCUGUUUUAUAUGAAUGGUUUCUGUAUACAUUCUCGGACCCCGAAUCGUGGAUCAAAGCUCGUACAUUGUAUUCACGGAGUUCGGCUGUCAUGAGUAUGGUAGGCUAUAUUCUUGGACUUGGUGAUAGACACAACGAGAACUUGCUUAUUUUGCAAAGUACAGGUGGACAGAUGCACGUCGAUUUUGAGUGCUUGUUCGACAAGGCCCUGUCUCUCACGGUACCUGAGCGUGUGCCUUUUCGUUUGACACGCAACAUGGUUGACGCUUUUGGUGUGUAUGGCUAUGAGGGUCCUUUCCGUAGGACGUCAGAAGUCACGCUUGGAAUUCUUCGUUCCCAUGAAGAGUUGGUAAUGACGGUGCUUCAAACAUUCUUAUACGACCCUGUUGUUAUGCGAGAUGAGGAGGGUGGUCCCAAGAAUACUCUUGCUACCGUUCGCGAUAAACUACGGGGUAUUCGAUCGAAUGAUUCACCUGGUCUGUCUGUUGCUGGUCAUGUUGAUAGCCUUAUACAACAAGCAGUAUCACCGGAAAACCUAUCAUUGAUGUACUGCGGCUGGGCAGCGUUUUUGUAG